AUGCAGGUGUCAGAAUGCGUCAUGAGCUCUACACCCACCUGCACCCCCCCUUCUCCCCCUUCUCCCUCUGCUCCUCAGCUGGCCAGCGCCAUGUGCUACCACAUGCGUCUGUUCGGCAUGGCGUUGGACCGAUGGGACCUCAUGCACCAUGCUCCCACCCUCGCCCACGCUGCCGCUUCUGCCGCUGCUUCUGAAUCUGCCGCUGCAGGGGCUGCAGCUGAGGCUCAUGCUGCGGCUGCUGCUUCUCCUGCAGCACCGUCCGUGCCUCCCACGCCCAUCAGCACCGCUGUGCGCCCCUUUGGCGCCUUCUGGACCGCAUCCCACUACUGCCUCGUGCUGCCCUGCUUGGUGAGGGGAGGGGAAGAAAGAGGAGGAGAGACAGCGGAAGAUUGGAGAGAGGCAGAUGGAAGAAGGAGGGAAGGAGGGAGAGGGGCGAAUGCAGGCAGGGAAGGUGAAGGGGUGGAUGCAGGGGAGCAGGGGGGAGGGGGUGACGGCAUGAGCAGGGGAGGGGAUGAUGAUAUGAUGCGCGUGUUGAUGGGGAGGGUUGACUGGGAGAUGGUGGACCGGGUGCUGUACCAGCUAGUGGGGAGGGACCCUGAGGGGAGAACAGCGCACAGUGAGUUUGUGGGGUCGCAUGGAGGCACGUUCCAACAGUACUUCCAUAACCAGUACGGCAUAUCGCUGCAGCACCCCAAUCAGCCCCUGUUCGCUGCCUGUCAGCUGAAGCCAGACCUGCGCAAUGCGCUGCUGCUGCUGCAGACACCACCAGAGUGUAAGUUUCACUCUCCUGUGUCUGCACCAGGAGGAGUUUCUCACCCUCCUGUGUCUGCACCAGGAGGAGUUUCUCACCCUCCUGUGUCUGCACCAGGAGGAGUUUCUCACCCUCCUGUGUCUGCACCAGGAGGAGUUUCUCACCCUCCUGUGUCUGCACCAGGAGGAGUUUCUCACCCUCCUGUGUCUGCACCAGGAGGAGUUUCUCACCCUCCUGUGUCUGCACCAGGAGGAGUUUCUCACCCUCCUGGCGGUCUCACGACUUUUGAGGCACUUCGCCCUUCGCCGCUCAUCUCCUGUCCAUCGUCCCACCCUCCUUUCCAUCGUCCAACCCUCCUUUCCAUCGUCCCACCCUCCUUUCCAUCGUCCCACCCUCCUUUCCAUCGUCCCACCCUCCUUUCCAUCGUCCCACCCUCCUUUCCAUCGUCCCACCCUCCUUUCCAUCGUCCCACCCUCCUUUCCAUCGUCCUACCCUCCUUUCCAUCGUCCCACCCUCCUUUCCAUCGUCCCACCCUCCUUUCCAUCGUCCCACCCUCCUUUCCAUCGUCCCACCCUCCUUUCCAUCGUCCCACCCUCCUUUCCAUCGUCCCACCCUCCUUUCCAUCGUCCCACCCUCCUUUCCAUCGUCCCACCCUCCUUUCCAUCGUCCCACCCUCCUUUCCAUCGUCCCACCCUCCUUUCCAUCGUCCCACCCUCCUUUCCAUCGUCCCACCCUCCUUUCCAUCGUCCCACCCUCCUUUCCAUCGUCCCACCCUCCUUUCCAUCGUCCCACCCUCCUUUCCAUCGUCCCACCCUCCUUUCCAUCGUCCCACCCUCCUUUCCAUCGUCCCACCCUCCUUUCCAUCGUCCCACCCUCCUUUCCAUCGUCCCACCCUCCUUUCCAUCGUCCCACCCUCCUUUCCAUCGUCCCACCCUCCUUUCCAUCGUCCCACCCUCCUUUCCAUCGUCCCACCCUCCUUUCCAUCGUCCUACCCUCCUUUCCAUCGUCCCACCCUCCUUUCCAUCGUCCCACCCUCCUUUCCAUCGUCCCACCCUCCUUUCCAUCGUCCCACCCUCCUUUCCAUUGUCCCACCCUCCUUUCCAUCGUCCCACCCUCCUUUCCAUCGUCCCACCCUCCUUUCCAUCGUCCCUCCCUCCUUUCCAUCGUCCCACCCUCCUUUCCAUCGUCCCACCCUCCUUUCCAUCGUCCCACCCUCCUUUCCAUCGUCCCACCCUCCUUUCCAUCGUCCCACCCUCCUUUCCAUCGUCCCACCCUCCUUUCCAUCGUCCCACCCUCCUUUCCAUCGUCCCACCCUCCUUUCCAUCGUCCCACCCUCCUUUCCAUCGUCCCACCCUCCUUUCCAUCGUCCCACCCUCCUUUCCAUCGUCCCACCCUCCUUUCCAUCGUCCCACCCUCCUUUCCAUCGUCCCACCCUCCUUUCCAUCGUCUCACCCUCCUUUCCAUCGUCCCACCCUCCUUUCCAUCGUCCCACCCUCCUUUCCAUCGUCCCACCCUCCUUUCCAUCGUCCCACCCUCCUUUCCAUCGUCCCACCCUCCUUUCCAUCGUCCCACCCUCCUUUCCAUCGUCCACCCUCCUACCCUCCUUUCCAUCGUCCCACCCUCCUUUCCAUCGUCCCACCCUCCUUUCCAUCGUCCCACCCUCCUUUCCAUCGUCCCACCCUCCUUUCCAUCGUCCCACCCUCCUUUCCAUCGUCCCACCCUCCUUUCCAUCGUCCCACCCUCCUUUCCAUCGUCCCACCCUCCUUUCCCUUACAUCACCCGCUUCCCUUUCCCCCACCUCAGUGGACACUUGGGACCUCGUCAACAGGGCCGUCCAAUUCAGUCGAGACGGGCAGAUGUCCGAACCUGCCAGCGCUACAGAGGGGACGGCUGUAGCUGACAUGGCUGUAGCAGACAUGGCUGUAGCAGACAUGGCUGUAGCAGACAUGGCUGUAGCAGACAUGGCUGUAGCUGACAUGGCUGUAGCUGACAUGGCUGUAGCUGACAUGGCUGUAGCAGACAUGGCUGUAGCAGACAUGGCUGUAGCAGACAUGGCUGUAGCAGACAUGGCUGUAGCUGACAUGGCUGUAGCUGACAUGGCUGUAGCUGACAUGGCUGUAGCUGACAUGGCUGUAGUGGGCAAGGCUGGAGAAGAGACGGUUGGAGCAGACACUUUUGUAGCAGACAAGGCUCUGGCUAAUGAGGCUGCAGAAGUUGAGGCUGUAGCAGACACGGCUGCAGCAAACUCGGUUGCAAUAGACAAUACUACAGCAGAGAAAGAGCAGCAGCAGCAACAAGGCACGGGGCAGGAGGAGGCAGCUAAGGCGCAGCAGCAGGGCAGGGAGAAGGGCAGGGGGCGGCAAACAUCGUACCUCCCAUUGGAGCUACUGGUGCCGGUGCUGCCACUGCAGCACGUGCUCUUUGCCUCGCUGCUCCCCUCUCUGCUCUCCCGGCUUGACUGCCUGCUCACUGCCCGGGACAUCCGGCGGUUCAUUGUGCGGCAGUAUGGGUGUGAGCGGCAGGGUCGGAGCUGUGGUGGUGGCGAGCACAGGGAGGGUCAGCAGCAGCAGGAACCGCAUUUUCCUGCUAUUGAUCUGCUGCGCGCCCAGACAUGCCCCGGCACAACAGAGAGCGGCGUAGGCAUGUACGAGAGUGACGCAGUGCCGGGUGACAGCUGCGUGCAGCUCAGUGCCUCUCAACUCAAACACCCCUCUCCAUCCACCGACACCCCACCCUCUCCCACCCCUCUCCUGCGCGCCCUCACCUGCCCCGGCACAACAGAGAGCGGUGUGGGCACCUAUGAGUCAGACGAGGUGCUGGGAGACAGCUGCGUGCAGCUAGCCGCCUCCUGCCACCUUUCUGCCACUAGCUUGCCACGUCAGCCGCCGCAUGGCAGGCAUGGGAAUGGCCAGAGUAAUGGGAACGACGACUCAGCAGCAUACACUGCGAGAAAUGCCUCGAUGCCAUCGCAUGCGCUGCACAGCCAGCCUACCCAGCCGACAUACGAUGACAUGAAGGGGCAGUGCGUGAAGCUGGUAUCCAACAAGCAUCUGGCAGCGCUGGCAGUUAAAGCCGGAGUGCCUGCCCUCGUCCGCAGCAAGCCAUUCAGACCCUCUGACUGGAUCGGCCCUCUCAUCCCACCCUCCCACGCUUCACAAGCAACAGCAUCUCCUCCUUCGUCCCCCUCUCGGGCUACUGCAGCUUCCCAGAACCUUCCGCCUAGCCCGAAAGCCCUUUUGGACUCUGCCUUCGCCUCGCUGGCAUUAGCGCAGGCAGCAGCCACGGCCAAGUCAGCGCGCCAGCUCGGCAAGAAAACCCUCGCUGACGUGGCGGAGGCCUUGGUGGGCGCCAGCUGGCGGUGCGGCGGCGCUGAAAUGGCGCUGCCGAUGCUGAGGUGGCUGGGCCUGCCCACGGAGGGCGUGGGGGAGCUAUUGAGGGGAGAGAUGACGUGGAGGGGGAGAGCGGCGGAGGGAAUGGUGAUGGGAAAGGGGGAGGACGUGGUGGAGGGAUGCAUCAAGGGAGUGGCAGAGGAAGGAGUACCAGGCGUUCCACCAGAGAAGCGCACCAAGCUGCAUGAGCAGCGGCAGGGCGUACUGGUUUCAGAAUCCUCAUUGCCUGUCUCUCUCUGUCAGCAGCAAUCUCUCCCACCUAUCUCACCUCCAUCCGACAACGCACCGACAGGUCAGCCGAUACGCCAGCCCGGCUUCCUGAAACCUUCUGUUACCAGAACGAACUGCAAACGCCACGUGGCAACACCUGAUAGGCUGUCAGAGCUGGAAGGUGCGAUGGGGUAUCGAUUCAGAAAUGAGGGGAUACUGAGGGAGGCGAUAAGCGAGGGGGAGUUGAAGUGGCAGAGGCGGUUUGUGUUUCUGGGGGAAGCUGUGCUGGACUUUCUAGUCAUGCACCACAUGGUGCAAGCAACAUCUGGGGCGGCCCAUUCUCCUGCUGCCUCGUCACCACGUGCCAUGUCAUCGCACGCUGCCACGUCAUCGCACGCCGCCCGGCCGUCCCCGCACCAGCUGACGAACCUGCGCAAGGCUGUGAUCCACUCGGAGCGGUUCUGCCAGCUGGCAGCGUGCCGUGGGCUGCUGCGAUUGGACGUCUCUGAUCUCAUCAAGGCCCUCACCGCAGCAGUCCUCACUCCCUCUUUCCGUACAACUCCCUUCAUCUAUACUUUUAUCUCUCCGCUUUCCUCUCUCGGCUCUUCUCUCCCGUCCGUUCUCCCCCCCAUCAGGACGUCUCUGAUCUCAUCAAGGCCCUCACAGCAGCUGUCUUCCUCGACUCCACUCCUGCAAACAGCUCUCUCACCGCACUCAACCCCCUUGCACCUCCCCCUCUCCAUCCCCAAUGCCCUCUCGCCCGCACGUGGCACGUGGGCGCAGGGGGGCGAGGGAGGGGGGGAGCAGUGGGGGGGAAACUGGGGGGAGAGGUGGGGGGAGGAGUGUGGGGGGGAGUGGGGAAAAGGGGAGGAAGGGGAAGGGGAAGGGGAAGGGGCUGGGGCGUGGAAGGACGAGGAGAGUGGGAGGGACGGAGGGAUGGUGUGUGGGAGCAGUGUUGGGAGGAGAGGAGGGGAGAAGGGGGAGGAGGGGGAGAAGGGGGAGGAGGGGGAGGAGGGAGUGGAAAAUGGGCUGUGUGAAAAGGACGUGGGGGGAAGAGGAGGCGGAGGAGGGGCGGGAGAGGAGGAGGGGGUGGUAAUGGAAGUGGAGGUGAGGGGAGUGGUGCUGGGGGAGGGGUGGGGGGUAGAUGAUGUUGCAGCAACGGUGGAAGCAGCUGGUGGCGUGCUGAAGACGGCCAAGGGCUUCAGGCAGCUGUUCCAGGAGGCAGAGGGGAUGCGCGUGCUGGGGGCCAUGAGGGCCACAUGGGAGACGCAGGCAGAGGAAGGCGAGGCGGGAGGAAAGGAGGGUGAAGUAGGGAAGGAGGGAGCGGGAGGAGAAGGUGCAGCAGGUACGGAGGAAGUUCGGCCUGAGGGUGGCUUGAUGAUUGGAGGAAAUAGUGAUUGUAAUGGUGGGCAGAAGAAGGCUGGAGGGAAGAAGAGGAAGCGGGGGAAGUCUGGAAAAGGGUUGGCAGCAGCAGAAGCUGCACUCGUAGCAGCAACCAGAGACGAUGCAGCACUGGGAAGGGAGAUUACAGUAGGUUCGGCUGCUCCAGACGCCUUGGUUGGACCCCGAGGCUGUGAGCCAGGUCCGGCGGCUAUAUCUGCCCUGAAUCACACGUGCAUGGCGCGGCGAUGGACGGCAGUGUACAGUGAGAGAAUCAUAUCUCCAACUGCUCACACCGAGGCUGCCUUAGGCAGUAACGGAUUGGCACAAGGUGGGGGCACUACUGGGAAUGCCCCUGCUGCUGCUGACACAGUUGUGGGGGACGUCCCAGUGGACGGUGGUGGAUCUGCCGAUGGUGGUGUAAUCAACGGUGGUGAUUCCACCGUUGGUGGCUCUACCAGCCUUGCUGCUUGUGGUGGUGGGGAGGCGGCUGGUGGUGCCAGCUGUCAACCUGCUGGUGGGAUCACAGGCGCUCCCAGAAGGCGUGGCUGUGCCACCGCCGUCGCACUCACCUCUCUGCUCCUCUUCACCCCCCGCUUCUGCGCACUCACCACCCUCCUUGCCCAAGGCGACCUUAAGGCGCUCUUCCGUGCGACAGGUGUGGUGCUGGCACUCGUAGCAGCCCGGUCAGCAGCGACAUACUGGCAGGACGCAUGGCUGUGGGAGGCCGCGAGCGGCGUCACUCUGGCCGUUCGCUCCCAGGCGUGGCACCACCUGCUGGGGGCGGACCUGGGGUUCUUUGAAGGGCGCGGAGGUGGGCGGGUCGGAGGGGGAGAAGGAGGGCGAGGAGGAGGGGGCGCAGGUGGGAAGGGAAGAGGAGGGGGAAGGGAGGCGGAUAAAGAGGCGGAAAUAGGUGCAACAGGAGAGGCUGCAGCAGUGCCAGGAGAUGCAGUAGCGACAGCACCAUCGGCUGUAGCAACAGGGGACCUGGUGUAUAGGUUGACGGCAGAAGCGAGGGAGGUGGGCGAGGUGGUGUUUGCUGUGCUCAAGGCGGCGGUGCCAGCUGUCUGCCAGGUGGCAGUCAUGCUGACGCGGAUGGUUCAGCUCAGCCCAGUGAUGACGCUGGCGACCCUUUGUGUGGUCCCACUCAUGUCAGUCAUCAUUGCCACACUCGGGGAGAGAGUUCGCUCUGUCUCCUCAGAAGCGCAGGCGUCCAUCGCGGCCCUCUCAGCGCGGAUCACCGAGGUCCUCCCAGCCAUGCUGCUCGUCAAGGCACACGCAGCCGAGCCCUACGAGGCGCUCCUGUUCCGCCACCUGGCGGAAGCUGAUAGGUCCGCCCGACUGCGAAAGAAGCGGCUGAAAGCGCUGUUUCCCGAGGCGAUCACGGCGGCGUAUGCGGCGGCAGUGGUGGUGCUGUUUGGAGUGGCCACGUGGGCAGUGGGGCAGGGCGGGCUAACGGGUGCCGGGAUCGUCUCCUUCUUCACCUCGCUUGUUCUUCUCAUCGAACCCAUUCAGAGGCUCUCAAGGCGCUGUUUCCCUCCAGAGGCGAUCACGGCAGCGUAUGCGGCGGUGGCGGCAGUGGUGGUGCUGUUUGGAGUGGCCACGUGGGCCGUGGGGCAGUUUCCGGGGCUGGGAUCGUCUCUUACCAGGGCUGGGACGUGUUUAGUUCUCAAGGCGCUGUUUCCAGAGGCGAUUACAGCGGCGUAUGCGGCGGCGGUGGUGGUGGUGCUGUUUGGAGUGGCCACGUGGGCAGCAGCGGGCAGAGCAUUC